GCCCCCAGUUGUGUACGUUCCGCUUUGACGUCUGUGCCUCCAAGAUUCACAUAUUCACACAAUAUAAAAAGAAUAAUGCGGGCACAGAGAAGUUUUUCAAGGCAACCCAACCCUAGGAACAAUCACAAACCAACAGCCUCUUCACAUCAUGGCCAAAUCCAGAAGUCUCCCUCAACUGGCACAUAUCAUAUCCUCCAGAGCCAACGCCAUAUAUGACAACUUGAACAACAAUGAUCUUCCUCAGCCUUCCUUCGACUAUGGGGCUGAAAUCCGUACUGAACCUUUCAGCAGAGAGUUGGAAGACAGCCGAGCGCAGCUUCUUGAAGCCAUGGAUGAGCUGCAGUCCCUGAUCCUAGGUCCAGUCGGCCAUGUCUUUUUCAUGUCUUUCUUGGGUCCAGGUCGAGCCGCCACCCUCCACGCGAUCUACAAAUUCAACCUCGCCAAAAACGUGCCCUUGACCAAGCCCAUCUCCUACGCCUCGCUAGCGUCCAGAUGCAAGCUCUCCGAAUUCUUCACGCGACGGUAUAUCCGCUCCGCGCUCUCGCUGCGCAUCUUUAGCGAGACCGCAGCGGGGCUCAUCCAACACAACGCCGCGUCCGCCGUGCUCGCCACGACGACGCUGCAUGAAUGGCUCGGCAUGGCCUCUGAAGAAUUAGCGCCCGCGGCACUCAAAGUAGCCGAGUCGAUACAGCGGUAUCCCGAGGGGCAAGAGCCGAACCAGAGCGCUUUUUCGAUUGCGAAUGGAUUUGGAGGCGAAAAGGAUCUGUUCGCCAUUGUAAGUGAGGCGCCGCCGGAGCGGAUGGGGAGGUUUGCGGAUGCGAUGAGUUGGAGUAUGAGGGUGCCGGGGAUGGAGACGAGUUAUACGGUUGACAACCUUGGCUGGUCCUCGACCACCUACGGACAAGGUAACGGGGCAGGGGGAAAAGCCUGGUGUCCCAAGACCAUCGUCGACAUCGGAGGCGGCACGGGAAUUCUCAGCAAAGACAUUCUGCGGAAAUAUCCGGGUGUCGAGAAGGCAAUCGUGCAGGACUUGCCCGAAGUAGCUUCUCAGGGUCAUGGCGCGCAGGACGUUCCAGAGGAUAUAAAAGGCCGGCUCAAAUUCCAGUCGUAUAACUUCUUCACUGAGCAGCCAGUCAAGGGUGCCGAUGUGUACCUAUUGCGAUGCGUGCUGCAUGACUGGCCGGAUAGCUAUGCGGUGUCGCUGUUAAGGAACCAGAUCCCUGCUCUCAAGAAGGGGGCGAGAUUGCUGUUUAAUGAGCGGUGUUUGGGGAGGCCGGGGAGCUUGAGCCAUGUGUGGGAUCAGUUUGCUAGUUCCGCGGAUAUACUGAUGCAGUUAUGUGCCAACGGCAAGGAACGCAGUCGCGAGGAUUGGGUUUCGCUGCUUGCAGCGGCGGAUGAGCGGUUCGAGAUCGCGUCUGUGACUACGCCGGCGCAUUCGGCAUUGUCUAUUAUUGAGGUUAUGUGGCGGGGAGAGGACAAACCUGAAGGAGUAGCUGUUAAGAAAUUAGGGUAUAAGCUGAUCAAUGGUGUCAAGACCAACGGUAUUAUGGAGGCACAGGUCGACGCGGAACCAAUCGGAGAGGUGAAAAAAAGCAACGUCGCAGAAACCAACGGAGUCAGUGUCAAAGGCAUAGCUACCGAAGUCGAAGUGGCCAAAUCUGAGGCGAAAAAGGACCUGGGUGCCAACGGUGCAAACCCAAACAGGGCAGAAAUCAACGGUGCGGAAGUCAACGAAGAUGUCAUCUUGGGUAUUGAGGUACAGCCCACCUCUCAAGGGGGCAAGACCGGUAAGUCUUUUGGGACUGAAGGCAGCAUCAUUGGGCUAUUCACCGUUUAGCCUGACAAUCAUGGAUAAGGCUGCCGGCCGCUUCUACAGCUGGUUGCGCAUCAUUUACGGCGACAACAGCUUAAAAGUGGCGGAUUUAGACAUUGAUCGUAUGAACUGACGGAGCAAAGUCAUUGCUUUUCUCGUUUAUGAGAGUAAUGGGGAUUUGUUAUGAUGUGCAAGUAUGAUCUGGCGCAGAAUGGGUAUGCUUAGAUAUAUGAUAGUAAUCUCAAUAUAUGGUACGUGGA